UUUAUAUAAUUAUUAGGAUUUUAAUUAAGGGAGUGACGUAAUAAAAUUAUUAUUUUUAUUAAUUAAGGAAGUGAAGAAAAAAAAUUUUUUUUACUGGGUUAUGACUUAAAUUAUUUUUUUUUUAAUUAUUAGUGAUAAUUAAAAAUUUUUUGAGCUAACCCGCGAUUAAAUCGUCCCCACCUCGCAUCAGAGUUAUGGAGUGUCCUGGGCCAGUUGAAAGUGGCCGAAACUUUCGUCUACUCUCAGAAGAAGAGUUACCUCAGCUCCUCGAGUUCCUCAAUGGCUACUUACCCGAGUCUCUCAAGUUCCACCAGACAGUAUUGACGUACAUUAAUAAUAAAGUAUGGGAUUUUUAUUUUUACGUCGCUAAUGAUUGGCCUGAGGUGCCAGUGUGCUUACACUUUCCUGGUAUGACACUAUCGCCUCAUGGUUUACUGUACGAAAGUUUUGGCGUUUAUUGUCCGACGGAUAAAUUAGAUAACUUGACACUGUUACGUGAAGAAGACAUACUCAUUGAUUGGACAAAGCCAUUAUAUAUAAAUUUCAUUCAUUGUGAUAUUGCUGAUGAAUUGUUUCGUCUUUACAACGAUAUUGGUACAAUUGAACGUGUAUUGGGCGAUGUAUGGGCGUACAAAAAAUUCGACAAUGAAAACAAUGAUGAUGAAUCGACGUCAUUAAUGGAUGAAUUGGACGAAAAAUAUGAUAAUCAACAGGAAAUUAAACAAUCAGAUGAACAAGAACAAGAUGUUGUUGAAGUAUUGCCAUUGAAUAGUGAACAUGCUGAAGGAAUACACGAAUUAUAUCCGGCCAAUGAUAUGGAAUGUCAUGAAUUAUUUCUCAGGCUUAUUAGAAUCCUUCCAGCAGGUGGCGUUUUUGUAAACAAUAUUCUCGCUGCUUGGAUGAUACAAUCUUAUUAUGGUGCUAUGUUUUCCAUGCAAACUAAACCAGAAUAUCGCCGUAAGGGUUACGGUACACGAUUAGCGAGGUUUCUAACAAAAGUAGUAUCCGAUCGUGGUUACAUUCCAUUCGUAGUUAUACGUCCCGAAAACGAAGCUAGUCAAAGUUUAUACAAAAAAUUAGGCUUCCAUAGGUUAUAUCAAACAGUAAGAGCGACCAUGAUUCCACAUGGAUGGGAAGAAGAGACGGUGGGAAUAGUCGAGGAACUGGACCAAGUACAAAAAACUGAUAGUGAUUGUGAAAAAUUUGAUAUUUUACGUAAAUUGAGAAUCGAAGAGCGUGUUAUUGAUGCAUUUACUAGUGAAAAUGAUGAACAAACUGUUGUACCGACCGUCGGUCAAGACGAUGAUGAUAACACGAUACUAGAUACGUCUGAGUCACCUAAAGAUGAUGAUGAUAAUGAAUUAGAAGGUGAGAAUGGUUAUGGAAAAUGUCACGAUGAAGUUCUUGAACCGAUUGACGAAAAUGUUGAAGACAAAAUUACGGAUGAUUGUGAUAGUGGUUAAAAUAAUAGCUCUUUUAAUUUAAAAUUAUAAAAUUAAUUCAAAACUUCUUUACUGACCCCAAAAUCGGCUUACCGACUUCCGAAUCUGCUUUGCCAAUUUUCAAAAUCUGCUUUAUCGGUAAUCGAAAGAAAAAUCACCAGACAAUUUUAAUUACCGACCGUUCGAUCUGUUUUCACUUGACACAGAACCCUGCUUUUUUUUUUACAGAAAUCUGAUUUCGUCUUACCAACGGAUUUUUCUUCAAUUUUAUUAAAACUACUAAAUAUUUUUAUAAAAAAAAAACUAAAAUAAAAUAAAAGUAAUUUGUAAAAAAACAAAAUAAUAAUAAAGAAUUUUUGGGGAUUUGAUAACUAUAUCGACAGAACGUAGGAAAUUUUUUUAUAUAUAGAUAUAAAGAAGUAAAGAAUAAAUAUAAAAUAAUAAAAAUUACAGAUAAUUUUUUUACUUAAGUAUUUAGUUGAUUUUUAAUUUCUUAACAAAAAAUCUGUUUUACCGGCCGUGCGUUCUGUUGUAUCGGCACUUAAUUUACUCAUUAAUUUAAGUACAAAAAUUAUGUAAGAAAUCUGUUGUACCGGCAAAUUCAAAAUAAUCAAAAUUUAAAUUAUGGACAUUCUAGCUCUGUCGGUACAAAUAGUUUUUUUACUCAAAAAUUUUUAAUAAUUUUUUUUGUGCUCAAGACUUGAUUUGAAAAAUUAUCUUUUACUUUACCGACACGUAUUUUUUAUCGACAGUAUUUGAA